AUGGAUCCUAAAGUUCACACUGUCGACGAGCAAAGUUCCAGAUUCACAGACCCAUUUGAUAGCCAGGUCAUCGACUCACCACUCAAGAGGACCAUUACAAAUACCUCCGCUCAUUUGGAUUCUCCGUUCGAUGACUUCGAACAAGACUGGACCACUACCACCCACGAGCGCGACACUUGGGCGACCCGCGAGCGACGACGCUCCACGCCUUUCGCAAAUAUCAGCACCACUGCUUUUAUGGGCUCUCACCAUGAAGCCAAGAAUGUUCAAAGUGGCAGUCCUACUCAACUACGAAAGGGAUCUAUCUUGAGUGUGUGGUCGGAUCCUAAUGGUGACGAGGAACACGAUAAUACUCUACAAAGAGUAUCGAGUAGGAAGUCGGAAGGGUCUCCGAGAGAAGCGAGAAGGGGAAGUGUGUUGAGUUUGUUUAACAAGAGGAAGGAUGAGAAUGGGAGAGAUAUUAUCAACUCUGAGGGUACUUAG